ACCAAAUGGGAAUUCUUUAUUUCGGGAAAUCAUCUAACCAUUCAUUUAAUGUUUUGUGUAUAUGAACACAAGCAGGUAGUUUCCAAAACCGUAUUCAAAGAGAAAAGCAGAAAUGUUGACCUUUUCUAAAACCAGGUUAUCUUCAUGCGUAUAUAAAAACGGACUUUGCAUGUUUGCUUACUAUAACUUAGGACAGAGUGGAAUCCCAAGUACCAAAACAGAUUUCUUGCAAAAAAACAAUGGAGGAAACAAAUAAGAGUGUGGUUAAUGAUUACUUUACCAGUGCUAUGGAACUUACAGAGUCAGGUGACCCUCACGUGCCUACCCGUUACAUUCUUCCACCUUCACAACGACCAAUGCUCGGUCCAAGCAUUGGCACCAGUACCAUCAAUCUUCCUGUCAUUGAUCUCUCCUUCUUACACGAUCCUUUGCUUAGACUAUGUGUCAUCCAUGAGAUUGAAUUGGCCUGCAAGGGAUUUGGUUUCUUUCAGGUUAUAAACCAUGGAAUAUCAUCAGCAGUGGUGAAAGAUGCACAAGAUUCAGCUACAAGGUUCUUUGACUUACCUGCCGAUGAGAAGAUGCAUCUGGUUUCUGAUAAUUUUCAGGAGCCAGUAAGGUAUGGUACCAGCAUAAACCAUUCAACAGACAGAGUUCAUUACUGGAGAGAUUUCAUAAAACAUUACUCCCAUCCUCUCUCAAACUGGAUCAAUUUGUGGCCUUCCAAUCCUCCCUGCUACAAGGAAAAGGUGGGGAAAUACGCAGAAGCAACGCAUGUUUUACAUAAGCAACUAAUUGAAGCUAUCUCAGAAAGUCUAGGACUGGAGAAAAAUUACUUACAGGAAGAAAUAGAAGAAGGCUCACAAGUCAUGGCGGUAAACUGCUAUCCAGCUUGUCCUGAACCCGAGAUUGCCUUGGGAAUGCCACCACACUCGGACUAUGGCUCGCUGACAAUCUUACUCCAGAGUAGCGAAGGGCUGCAGAUAAAGGACUGCAACAACAACUGGGUUUGUGUGCCGUAUAUUGAAGGAGCUCUGAUAGUCCAGUUGGGAGAUCAGGUAGAAGUGAUGAGCAAUGGCAUAUACAAGAGUGUGGUUCAUCGUGUAACAGUGAACAAAGAUUACAAGCGGCUCUCUUUUGCAAGUCUUCACAGUCUACCUAUGCACAAGAAAAUAAGUCCAGCAACUCAGCUCGUCAAUGAAAAUAAACCAGCUGCAUAUGGAGAAUUCAGCUUCAACGAUUUUCUUGAUUAUAUAUCCAGAAACGAUAUUACACAGAAAAGAUUCAUUGAUACACUCAGAAAGAAAAACCUCUGAAGAUGGUGUCAUAUAACUCGACACGGCAAUUCCGAUGGUUGAUUAUUUGGACCUAGUUGCAUGCAUCUUGUAUUUAAUCUAUGACUAUCUUGUGCAAGUGAAUAGUCCUUGUUUAUAUCACAUAAAAGUAUAUUUAGUUGUCAUAUAAGUGUAUCCUUAUGCUAGAUUCAUAUUAGUUUCUCAUCUAAGAGCAAAGUUUGAUAAAUGGAUCAAAACAGUAAGGGUUAAGACUUAUCAAAUCUCAAAUAAGUUCCAAGACAUUCUUCAAACUCUAUAUAAACAUGAAUUGUCC